AUGAAUUCGUUGUCCCCUGAUUACCCAAAGGCGUCACCUCUUAGAACAUCUUGUGGAAGAUUGUCAGUAAUAGGAGUGGUGGUGUUUGUGCUUCUACUAACUUCAAAAUUAUUGUUUUUUGGAUCCCUAUACAUUCCUAACUUCGACAAGGUGGAAAAUACUGAAUACUACGAUUUGAUGGAUGCUCAUGGCUAUAAAGAUGGCUGGCGUCGUGAAGAGCGUGUGCUCUUUUGUGUGCCAUUGAGAGAUGCCUCUCCCCAUCUUCCAAUGUUUUUCAAUCAUAUGAGAAACUUAACUUACCCACAUCAUCUCAUUGAUUUGGCCUUUUUGGUUUCCGAUUCUUCUGAUAAUACCAUGGGCGAUCUCAAACAACAUAUUAAUGAUAUACAAAAUGAUCCUGAUGUCAGUGUCCGCUUUGGGGAGAUUGAAAUUUUCGAAAAGGACUUUGGUCAAAGUAUCGGUCAAGGUUUUAGUGAUCGUCAUGGUUUUGCUGCACAAGGCCCGAGAAGAAAAUUGAUGGCUAGAGCGCGUAACUGGUUAUGGACAGUUGCUAUUAAACCCUACCAUUCCUGGGUUUAUUGGAGAGAUGCUGACGUGGAAACUGUUCCUGGCGAAAUUCUCGAAGAUUUGAUGCACCACGACAAAGAUGUGAUUGUACCAAAUGUGUGGCGUCCAUUGCCAGACUGGUUGGGUAAUCAACAACCGUAUGAUUUGAAUUCCUGGCAAGAAUCUGAUGGUGGUUUACAAUUGGCCAACACUCUUGAUGAGGAUGCCGUUAUUGUUGAGGGUUAUGUUGAAUAUUCGACUUGGAGACCACAUUUAGCUUAUUUGCGUGAUCCAUAUGGUGAUAUUGAGGUCGAAAUGCCAUUAGACGGUAUUGGUGGUGUUUCUAUUUUGUGUAGAGCUUCUGUAUUCCGUGCUGGUUCGCAUUUCCCGGCGUUUUCUUUUGAGAAACAUGCUGAGACUGAAGCUUUUGGUAAACUUUCAAAAAGAAUGGGUUUCUCGGUCUAUGGUUUGCCUCAUUAUGUCAUCUGGCAUAUUUACGAACCUUCUAGUGAUGAUUUGAAACAUAUGGAAUGGAUGGCCCAAGAAGAAGCUAAACAAAAGGAAGAAGAGAAGCUUAGAGGGAUUUAUGAUAAGAUUUGGAAUGAAGGUUUUGAAGAUGUUCAGGAUUCUUGGAAGGCCGAUAAGAUCAACAUCAUGAAAAAUACUGACAUGAGUGGCCAUCGUAAGAUUGUGGUUGAUUGGAGUGGAGUCGAUGAGGAAGAAUACUUUAAAAAGUCAGUACCUAUUAAGAAUGUUGUUGAUGGAAAUGGUGAACCAAUUAUUGCUGGUGCUGAUGCUGUAUCGGGUGACAAAGCAGCUGCUGAUGAUGAAACACAGCUAACUGAAAAGGAUAUCUUGGCUAAUUUUGAUCCAACCAAAGAAUGA